GAAAAUUGCCCAAUGCUAUUAAAUUGUUUAUCGAAGUCGACGUUUCGUUAACCAGCCGGUUUUUCAGGUCGUUCUAAAUCUAACGAAAAGUUCAAUUCCAGCUAAAAUUUAUAGUGAAAGUGUAUUUAAUUUGCACAUUCUCAAUGCAAAUAGUUGGUUAAAAGCUAAGUAGAUCUCCAAACCGGAUAUAAGGAUGAGUUCUCGAAGAAGCCGUUUCAGCCUGUCUCUUGUUCGACGAUCAGUAUCUCCCAUGUCUCCUAUCGGCGACCGCACACGUUCGUCGAUUAGUGAGCUAGAUAUUACAACAAGUUCAGGAUGCAGUACUCCAUUGAAUACACGCAAACGUAGUAGUUCAACUAAAGGCGAUUCCCCUUUGUUCAACGACAAUGAUCAAUCUCCAAUUCCAAUGUCCCAAGACGCCAGCAACGUAGUGACUGGUGUUUCUUGGGCUUGGAACAGUCCUAAGCGCACUGUGGCUCCCAGUCGAAGAUUACGACCCAAGCCAUUGGCCGAUAGGACGAUAAUUUCGAAUAAGGAUCCGGAUUUUUCCCGUUCUAACCGAAAGAAGAUCACCAGGAAACUUACAGGAUUUUAUCGAUUUCAAUCUGAACUAAAACUUCUACAAGAACGUGAUAGAUCCCUCGAAGCACAGAGAACUCCAAGUACCUCAUCUAUUCAAGUUGUACCACCUACGUCACCUCCACCUUCUCCGGACAAAGACAAUGCGUUUGUGAUGCGUCAUCACCGAGUCCUGCGAACGAAUACUCCAACAACGAAGAAAACAUUUUUCAAACACAAUCCUACUUCAGUUGCAUCUGAUUCAUUUAACGAUUCUGAAUUAGACAAUUUGCUGCUGCAGGCAAGCCAGGCAGUAGAAAGGCAAUCAAGCGUAUCGAAUGCAUUGUUUAACCAACCAGUAACAUCAACAGCAGCAACGGAGAAACGUUCUGAAAAACGACGAAGUUUUUUCAAGAGCAGAACAACGGAUAAUUUUGAUGGUAAUAGCGAUGACUCACUUGCAGACACGGAGCUAGAAUCGUUACUUGCUCAGUUGAACCCAGAGACUGGCAAAUCUUCAAAACCCGCCGGAGAGAUUACACAGAACAAUAAGGCCACGGUAGAGUCGCGGAAGUCUAAAACAAAGGGAUUGUUGACUCGCCAUAAAUCCAUGCCGGAGUCCCCGAGCCGCAAGGUAGUCGAGUCAUCAAGUCGAAUCAAUAAGAUGAAAAAUGCCAAGGACAAAUCUCUCCAAAGUCCCGUGACAAUAUCCAGUGCAUCGAGUGGAUCUAUAACUCUUGUUCCUACACAAUCAGAAGUAUUACUCGUUUCUUCUCCUCACAGUUCUUCGACGAAAUCCAACUCAUCAAGUUCCAAACUGCAACCAACACGAGUUUGUUCCAAGGAAGAAAUAGAACAAAAACGUCAGGAGGCACUCAAACGACAAGCUUGUCGCUUGAAACGUCUCAUGCAAGGAAAUCAUUCCCAGGGCAAUGAAAAAUUCUUUAAAUCGAUGAAGUAAUAGCGUUGUAUUUCCGAUGUUCCUUUCUAUUACUGUUGAAACUAUUUACUUUUAAACACUGAACUGAAAAAAGAUCUAGAAAGCCAUAUUGAUAAACAGAACCGUUGUUUGGAUAAACAUGAUUGUUCCUGUACCGAAAAUGUAAAAUUCUGUUAUUUUUGUGCAUAAAGAUUUCUUAUUACGUGAUAA